AUGGAUGUGGCCCGGGUGUUACUGUGCCUGUUCUCGGUGCUGGUGUCUGAGAAGUUCCUGGUGGCCGCGUUCUCCCAGAGCCUGGUCAGCGACUUCACAUUCACACUCCCCGCAGGACGGAAGGAGUGCUUCUUCCAGACCAUGAAGAAGGACGCGUCGCUGGAGAUAGAAUAUCAGGUGUUGGACGGAGCAGGUCUGGAUGUUGACUUCUCACUGUCGUCUCCUACUGGACACGUUCUGUACAGCGAACACCGCAAAUCAGACGGAGUAUACACUGUAGAGACGGAGGAUGGAGACAACAUAUUUUGUUUUGACAACUCGUUUUCUGCUGUGUCGGAAAAGAUCAUCUUCUUCGAGCUUCUCAUGGACAACAUGGAACAGGAAGGGGAGGAGCCAGAGGACUGGAAGGAGUACGUCCAUGGGACCGACAUGUUGGACAUGAAGCUGGAGGACAUCAUGGACACCAUUAACAGUGUUAAAGCCCGGCUGGGGAAGAGCCUUCAGAUACAGACGGUGCUCAAAGCGUUUGAGGCUCGCGAUCGCAACCUCCAGGAGUCCAACUACGACCGGGUCAACAUGUGGUCCAUGACCAACAUGCUGGUGAUGAUGCUGGUGACGGGAGUGCAGGUCUACCUCAUCCGUGCGCUGUUUGAGGACAAGAGACACGUGCGCACGUAA